CUCUCCCGCCUUUCCCCUCCCCUCUUUCUGGCCCCACCCCUUCACAGAUGACCACAGUGCGCCCCCAAGACCCUGAUUAAAGUGGGGAAGAGAACAUCCGAGUCUGGGCUGUUUCCCCAGAAUAUGAGGGGCAACCCCUCUCUGCUGUUGCUGUAUGUGGGAUUGAUCACCUGUCUCUAUACCUCUCUUGAUGGGGAGCAAGACCACAGCCCGGACAUCUUCCUGGAUUCCCCAGAGGCCCAGAAUUUCCUGGGUCCCCUCAAGCGGGUUCCACGAGCCAACCACUGGGACUUGGAGCUCUUCACGCCUGGGAACCUAGAGCGGGAGUGCAUCGAGGAGAAGUGCUCCUUUGAGGAAGCAAGGGAAUACUUUGAGGACAAUACUCUGACCAAACGCUUUUGGGAGGGCUACAUCCAUAAUGGCAAAGGAGGGCGUGCACGAGUGGAUGUCGCCGGCCUGGCUGUGGGACUGACAUCCGGCAUUCUGCUCAUCAUCCUGGUGGGCCUCGGAGCCUUUUGGUAUCUGCACUGGAGAAAGCGUCGGGGUCCGCAGCACCCCUGUCCCCAAGAGACCGAGCUCAUCAGCCCCCUGAGCUCCUUGGGCUCACCGCCGCCCUUGCUGCCACCCCCACCUCCGGGUCUGCCCACCUACGAGCAGGCUCUAGCGGCCUCAGGGGUGCAUGACGCGCCUCCACCCCCCUACUCGAGCCUCAGGAGGUCUCGCUGAAGAUCUGUUUCGAAGCCCGGGUUCCCAGAAUUGUGCCCCAGAUUCGCACCGGAUUCCGGAAGCCCCCAGGCUUCAACUCUGGAGCUGAGCGUGGGGUGGGGCGGGAGUAGGGGUCGCCCAGCCCGAAGUCUGCGUUGGCACAUGUGCUAACACCGCAUACGGAUAAAAGCCGGUCCCCGUGGCCAGCGUGUCUCUCGCGGGCCCCUGUGUUCUUCAGACUGUCCCACUCCCAGGGAGUGCGUAACAACUCGGACCCAGGAGCACCGGGUCUGGGAAGACUAGCGCGUGAGCAGGUGUGACCGACCACUGCACACGGGGUUCCGGCUGUGCAUGGAAGGAUCGUCCUUCACGGGGUGCUCUGGGUGUGCACCCAGGGGCGUUUCAUGGUCUCGAGAUGAGGGGAGGGUGCUGUGUACCACACCACCCCCUGUAUGUGUGUGGAGGUGAGGUCUCCCCCGAAAUAGAAGCAUUUUGGAAAGAUACCCCCCCGCAAAAAAGUG